CUCCUUGCCAUUCUGUUCCAAUGAUGCCAACCAGAACCACCUGUUCCUUCUGUUUAGUUUCUCCUUAGAACAGAACAGAAGUGUGGCCCAACCUGUGAAUGUACCAGUUUAACACAUUCAAAAGAGUUUCUGUGAUGAAAUGAUGAUAAUAUCCAGUGGUUUGCUACCUGCCUAUUUUGGAAGUCUAGGAUUUUGUUACUUCCUAGUAUUUGGUUGCAUGCUGUUCUUUCAAUGGAGGAAAAGAAUCCAUCAGAGACAACGUGCAAAAGCCUGGGUGAAGCAGCUGAAAGCAGAAACAUAUUUCCAGCAUGCAUUAUCUCACAGAGCUGAUAAGGAAGCCCUGCCUGAAACUAAAGCCCAAGUCUGCAAUCCUACACCUCAUAAAAUCCUACAACCACAAGACAAUUUCUCAUCUAAUGAAGCCACUACAGAGAGGAGUGAUAAUUCCAACUCAUCAUUUCCAGAUUCAGAUCCUUGCAAACCAGUGUUUCAGGAGAUACCUUGUGCUUGUGCACUCUCUUACUUGCCACCACUACUUGAGCAUUCAGCAUCUUACCCUUGCUCCAGUAUUCCAGUCAGAAGCACAGCAUUUUCAUCCCUGAAAUCUGCUGCAUUGAAAAAUGAGUCAUACAAUACUGGUAGCAGCAUCUCUGCCUAACAGCAAAUUUAUUGUCUGGAACAAGAUGAGAUUUGGAAAUGUUUUUGAUAGUGAGCUCAUUUUAUGCUGCUCUGCUCAACUGUGAACAAUAAUAGACAUAACAUUUGUGAAGUUCUUGUAUGUCAUAGAAGGAUCAAUAUUUCAGUUUAUGUAGCAAACCACAUUCUAGCUAUAAAAAUGCAUUCUGAAAUUAUAAAAUAAUAUUUACACCCAAAA